CCUUCUCCAAACAGAGUCAUAGACAGACAGCUGUUCCAGACUCCAGUAGACAAAAAAGCUAUUCGCUGUCAUCUGCCUUUAAAUAUGUAGCGGACUGCAGCUCUUCAGUCCAGCUGCUGAUGCUGCUGCUGUUUCGUCCUCAAUGCCAUGCUGAAAACAUCCGACAACAAGCUUUUCUCCUGAUCGUUAAAAGCUUCGAGGGGUAUGACAGACCAGGAGAGCCCCACUGUGGAUGAUCCCCCUCCAACAUACCCAAUCUUCCUCCUUGUCUUUUUCUUCUUCAUCACCGGCCUUCUGGGUUUUCUAAUCUGUCACUUAUUGAAGACGAAGGGCUACCGCUGUGAAUUGGAAGAGGAUGAAGAAGACUGUGAAGGCAAACUGGGAGCAGACCAAGAUGAUGUAUCAGAAGACAGUCAAGACACUGUGGAACAAAUUCUGAAGUGUAUCAUUGAGAAUGAAGCUAAUGUGGAGGCCUUCAGAGAGAUGUUGGUUGGCCAAAAUGUUUGUGAGCAUUAUGACCCACGGCUGCGUCAUAAAGACAGUGUCGGUGGUCUUCCCCUUCACCACCACACAGUUCAUCUCGGAGGUGAAAUCAGCUCUUGUGUUCACUGCAUGCAAGGACAAAUCUUAAAAACGCGACGCAGAAGCCGCGUGGCCAAAAGCAAAGCCCGGCCAGGAGAGCAGACUGUGUUUUCUGUGGGCAGAUUCCGUGUCACCCACAUGGACAAGAGAAACAGCCUUCACGGGUCAAUGAAUCUUCCUACCCCCAAGCCAGGAAACACAUCGAAUGACACAACGCUCUCAGACAGCAGGACGGGAUUGAAGGAAACUUCACUGAAGUCUCAGGAGGAAUACAACAUCCGCAACAUGUUUAAAGACUCUGGAGCAACUAACGGCAAAGUCCCAAAUGUAGGCAAACGGAAGAAGAGUGUGACUUUGCUGGGCUUUUACAAGACUAGUAGUCCUGUGGAGAUCAAAGCAGGGCCGGAAGUAUUUGUGGAGGACAAAGAAGGAUCAACCACUGCUGAUCAGCUCUCCAUCUCACUGGAAGAAUGCUUGAGCUCCGUUCCGGUGUCUCCCUCUGACACUGAAGCAGCUUUAAAUCAAAAUUCAAAUAAAGGUUCUGGUUAUAAAUUAGAUGAGACUGUUAGGGAGAACAGCCCAGAGAAACAAAAGCCUGAGGAUGAUGAGACUUUAAAUGCGAAAUCGCAAGAGAAAUUAAGUACGAGCACGGCAGAGAUUGUUGAUGAUAGUUCUAAAGGAUGCUCUAGAUUUUCUGUGGUACGAACUGUGGAGGAGGCUGUCGUCAUACCUGCAGCUGAUACCGACAACAGAGGCGAAAGUACAGUACAACAAGAUGACCCUAAGACUGAGCAAAUUAGUCAGAAGAGUAUAGACAGCAGCAAAUAAUCAGUAAACUAAUAGACCAUAGAUAUGAUUACAGAAUCCCAGCCCCACAAAUAUUAACGCCGGUCAGACAAUCGUGUUUAAAGGAACACUUCACUUCAAAAACUCGCAAAAACUCACAAAAGUGUUUAGAUAAUUUUCCUACUUAAAGUUUGACUCUUCUGUAGUUACAUCGUGCAUGAAGACAGAUACAUUCAUUCAUUGAUUUUCCUUUGGCUUAGUCCUAAGGACUGAGCCUGAAGGGACUAUGUUUCUCGGCGGGCCUGGGAACGCCUCAGGAUCCCCCUGGAGGACCUGGAGGAAGUGUCUGGGAAGAGGGAAUGAAUAAUGAAUGAAUAAUAUAAAAUAAAUUGAAUUGAUUAAAAAUGGUCAAAACUCAACUGUUUAUCUCUAGGGAAGUGGUAAAAUUAGUCUAUUUUCAAAAACAGUAUAGUGUCCUUUGAGAAUGUGACAAGUUUUUGACCCUGGGCCACACAAUGAGUCUUAAAUUGCACAUGUAAACUUGUGCGAAUAGCUAAAAACGAAUUGUAUUCUGUACAAACUUCUAUAGAAUAUUAAAUAAAAAUGUUAUGUAAACAUGUCAUGUCAUGCACUCAAAAUAUGACUUUUGCUGCUUAAGUUUUUUUGAGGGACAACUCUUAAAUUUGUAUAAAUGAUUUGGUUAACUUAGUCUAUUUGUGUUGUGACAACAUGAAGGACCUAUGUGGAACCCGGCAUUUUUUUUCAGUAUGUGUACAUUACUAAGCACUUCAAUUUGACAGGUUUAAAGGUGAUUCUUUCAAUAUUUCGAUUUUUUGGAUCCCUCAGGUACAGAUGUUCAAAUAGUUGUAUCCCAGUCAAAUAUAGUCACAUUGUAACAAUCCAAACAUCAAUAUAAAGCUUAUUUAGUUAGCGUUUAUUUGAUUUCAAUUUCCAAAAGUUGUAAGACUUAAGACUGGCUUGUGGUCGAGGGUCACAUAUGGAAAAUGUAUCAAUUGUCAUUACUCUGCUUUUACUAACAAUACACUUUGUACAUAACUAAUUGCAUAU